AGAAACACAAAGAAAAACAUCAAUUUUAGAAAAAACAAACAAGUUCUUAAAACUCCAUUGCAUUUUUGAAAAUAAUGAAAGCUCUUAUUUACUGCCUUCCAUUGCUACUGGUGGUGUGCGCUCCUCGCACUAUCUAUGCGGAUGAUGAGGAAUAUACCGAUCUUUGCCGUUUGUUUAAGGACAAUAUGAAAAUAAGUGUCCCCGGAUCAUGCAACAAAUAUAUUCAAUGUCAAAGCGAUGGCAUGGGUGAAGUACUGUCUUGCCCCAACACAUUCGAUGUCAAAGGUCAGACUUGCGUUGACACUGUGUCCAGCAACACUUUGUGCAACAAUCGCUGUGAGGGAAAGUCCGGAGUAUGGGUUGCCGAUCCCACAACCUGUCAUGGUUUCUUCUAUUGCGCCAAUAGUGUUCCCUAUUGGAGUCAUUGCGCAGAUGGUUUGCACUUCGAUGAGAAUUCCCAAAUGUGCAUACAUGAGACUUCCUCAUCGUGUGUGGAUGUGGCUAAUAUUUGUCACCUGGUUCCGGAUAAAACCAAAUUCCGUGACGAAACCAAUUGUGCCUCUUACUAUGAGUGUUCAAGCAACAAACACAGCCGCAAAUCUUGCAGUAAAACUUAUUUUGAUGUACAGACACAGGCUUGCGUGGACAAGGCUAAGGUGGCUUGCACUGCCCAUCCCAUACCGAGUGGUUUGUGUUUGGUAAAGAAAAAACCCUUCGUGGGAUAUAAAUCUGAUCAGGCCACCUGUCGCGGUUUCUUCUAUUGCAAAGAUCUGGGCGCCGUAGAGGAUCUUGAACCCAUAUGGAGUCAAUGUCCCGUGGGCAAAUUUUUCAGUGAGGACGCACAGGGCUGUGUGAACCCAGUCAAUGCAAAAUGCGCUUACAACCGAUGUGAGGGACGUGGCGAUCUCAUGGUCUCCAGUGCCAACAAUAAUUGCCACAAUUAUCUAAUAUGCGAAAAUGGAUUCGUGGCAGAAGAACGCACCUGUGCCAAAGAUUACUUUUUUGAUGAAAUGUACCAGGCAUGUGUUCCGGACAUAAUCUACUAUGAAUGUUGUGAUAUUAAAACAUAAACAAACUUCAUAAUAAAAUAAAACUAAUCCUUAUUUACUAUGUA